AUGAGUGUUCUAUACGGGGUAUGGAAGAAGAUGAAUGGUGUCACGCAUUUAUUAGAUAGACUUGAUAAUCUGAUUGUAUUGUUGAGCUCCAAUGGGGUUGUCAAAAUUUUAAACUAUAUUUUUGAAGAAGAGGUGGAGUAUGAAGAAGUGGAGGUAGAACAAGAGGAAGAAAUAGAAGAGGAGGUGGAAGAAGAAGAAGAUCAGGAUGUUGAAAAUGCUAAGGGGGCUGAUGUUUCUGAGACUAAAUCUGAAGAUGGGGAUGGGGAUGGAAAUAGGAAGCAUGCUGAGCUUCUUGCUCGCCCUCCUCAUGGUUCUGAAGUUUAUAUAGGAGGCAUUCCACAUGGUGUUUCUCAGGAGGAUUUGAAAGGCUUUUGUGAAUCUGUUGGAGAAGUUACUGGGGUUCGGAUUAUGAAAGGUAAAGAUUCAAGUGAAAACAAGGGCUUUGCAUUUGUGACCUUUAGAAGCGUAGAAUCGGCCUGUAAAGCCAUUGAUGAGCUAAAUAAUCCUGAGUUUAAGGGUAGAAAAAUAAAAUGUUCUACAUCCCAAUCAAAGAAUCAAUUGUUUAUUGGUAAUCUUCCUAGAAGCUGGAGAGAGGAACACCUAAGGAAGGUCUUGUUAGAGGCUGGGCCCGGAGUUACUGGUUUGGCAUUGGUGAAGGUUAGUUUAAUGAACUAGUGCUUUCCUACUGUA